GCAGAGAUCGAUGCAAAAAGAUUCAAUUUGGAACGACCGAUGCCUCGUUGGAACGUUUGAUCGGACGGCGGAAGGUACCUCAUUGCUCCUCCCCUCUAAAACCCAAUCGGCUUUUCUCGUACCCAGGGUGUUGGUAUGAAAAUCAGUAAAACAGAAGUGAACUUGAGGAGGCUGCUUGCAGCUGCUCCUCAGCAACAAAACCAGGCAAAGCUUUCACAUUAUGUUGCUACUUUACGAGAACAGGUAGAACAGCUAGCUGAAGAGAGAACGCCGGAAGGAUUACCGAGAGUUUCCAAGGCUGUUUUGAGUGACUACUCUGAGAAGAUCGAAGCCGUUGCUUCGAAAUUAACUUCUGCAUUGCCUGAUUUGCGAGAACCGCAGGAGUCACUCGGAAGAAUUUCGGUUAAAGCAGAGUCUUCUGAGACAGGAGAUAGUCGGAGCCCUCCCGGUCUUAGAAGGAGAUUUGUCCCCAGCUCGAAUGUACAAGAUGGAACUCGUGAGACGCUCAGUGCAGAUUCUUUGUUGCCUGUCAAACUUGACGCUGCAGCGCAAGCGCAUAUUGAGAAGCAUAGAAGACUUGAAGAGGAUUUGACUGAUGAAAUGGUUGUGUUGGCAAGGCAACUCAAAGAGACUAGUCUUGUGAUGAGCCACUCCUUGAAGAACGCUGAAAAACUACUUGACUCUACUGAGGAGGCUGUUGAAAAGAGCUUGGCAAGCACUGGUCAUGUCACUGCACGCGCAUCUGAUAUAUACUCAAAGACCUCCAAGACUUCAUGUGUCACAUGGCUUUUGAUGUUUCUAAUGACAGGUAUAUUCAUCAUGGUGGCACUUUUAAUUCGUGUAACUUGA